GUGCAGAGAGGUCUGGAUCCUACUGUGACUGUGUAUCCUUCAAAGACCCAGCCCCUGCAGCACCACAGCCUCCUGGUCUGCUCUGUGAGUGGUUUCUAUCCAGGCAGCAUUGAAGUCAGGUGGUUCUGGAACAGCCAGGAAGAGAAGGCUGGGGUGGUGUCCACAGGCCUGAUCCAGAAUGGAGACUGGACCUUCCAGACCCUGGUGAUGCUGGAAACAGUUCCUCGGAGUGGAGAGGUUUACACCUGCCAAGUGGAGAACUCAAGCGUGACGAGCCCUCUCACAGUGCAAUGGAGAGCACAGUCUGAAUCUGCACAGAGCAAGAUGCUGAGUGGAGUUGGGGGUUUUUUGCUGGGCCUGCUCUUCCUUGGGGCCGGGCUGUUCAUCUACUUCAGGAAUCAGAAAGGACACUCUGGACUUCAGCAAACAGGACCCCCGAGCUGA